UGUGCCGAUGGGAUAGAGGUUUUCCCAACGAUCGAGAGAGGCAGAGGUCAUGGGUGCUCACUGCUCGCAGGCGAUCUUGGCCUUGCAUUACUCGCCAUGUUUCUUGGGUCCCAGGCCCUUGGGAUUCAGCUAGCGGCAGCUUGCCGUUGGCAUAUGUAAAACAUAAAGCCCGUAUUAAUGGGAGGCAGUCAUCAACAGGCAGAUGGCCGAGGGAGAAAGUCGAGAUAUUCGGCACAACUUGGUGUUCUUGGCGGCGCCGGGUGGCUUGCAGUGCCAACGCGUGAAUCGCGGAACGGCCAGGCUUGGCUCUCUGAUGGUCUCUUGGUUAAUCGCCGAAGUAGGGCAGUAUUUUGUGCGAGUGUGUGCCUCUAUUCUUCUUGGCUCGCGCUGGCUGAAGCUUGUGUUGUCUCCUUCUGAGCCUCUACUUUGCCUGUCGUCAAGAGUUCUGGUCACUCACAAUGCGAGUCAAGAAGACAGUGAAACGGCGCGGGAGCAGCCCUCAUGUCAUUUACUCUGGAGAUUAGCGGAACGAAUCCGGCGUCUCAUGCCGGAAAGCUGCAAGCCUGGACCUAUUUUCUUUUUGCCUCCUGCGCAUGAAGGGAACGCUGCAGAAAGAAUGGGUCCCUCUCUCUCUCUCUCUCUCAAGAUAAACUCGACCCAGGGCCGCGAUGCGGUGACAACAGACUUUAGCGUAACAGAACACAUUGCCCUUCACAUGCGAACCUCUCAUAGGCAGAAUCUCACAAGGAAGCUCGAAUGUACUUGACAUGGGGGCGAUAAUUUGCGGCGCGGUCGUCCGCGCGCCAGACUCAAGAGCCGACC